AUGGUUGAUACAAGUACCACUGAAGGUGGAAAGAUAUCAUCUCGAUAUUAUAUUGUGAGACCCGAAGAAGUUAUUUCAUGGGAUGAAAGGCUGUCGAAGUUACAUGGUUUGACAUAUGACCAGCUCUUACAAUUGAUUUCCCCGAACGAAAUGGCUGUUGAAUUUGCUGCACGAUAUAGCUUAAUUUCAAAUUCAAUGAAGUGUAAGCGUUGUGAACAAAUGAUGCUUCUGUGGAGCAGGAAUGGACUUGAUGGUUUGCAGUGGCGGUGUAUGCAUGUGGUUACAAAACAAGAACGAAGAAGUGGCAGAAAACGUAAUUAUUGUUCAUCACUUUCCAUCCGACAUGGAAGUAUAUUUCAUGGACAUCAUCUAUCAAUAGCUGAUAUUAUCGAAUUUAUGUAUUUGUGGGCGCAGAAUUAUAAAUUGCAUGAAAUUCGUUUGCACACUCAUUUCAGCAGUGAAAUGUCUGUUGCUUGGGCAGAUUAUAUGCGACAGAUCGCUUCCGGUUUUGUUGAAGCAAAUCAAACACCAAUUGGUGGUCCAGGUAGUGUGGUGGAAAUUGGGCGAUUGAUUUUGUACAAAACAAGAAUUGGUGAACAGCAUCCGUAUUUAAUUGGCAUGGUGGAACGAGAAACAGAAAACUGUAUAAUUAUUGCAAUUGAAGAUUAUACGACAGAACGCCUAAAAGAGGAAGUAUUACAGUGGAUUCUGCGUGAUACGAUAUUAAUUUCCGAUGAGGGAACAUAUAUCGAUGGGCUAAAUCAACUAGAUUAUCCUAUUUUUAUCACGGAAACUUACGUGGAGAGGUUUGAGUUAGUCAAUGGACAAAAGCUUAGUGUUAAUAAUGUCUUGCUGCAGAAUAUUUGCAACGAAGCAAAGGCAAAAUUUCUUGCAAUGAAUGGAACUUGUAGGGCACAUUUUGAGGGUUAUAUCAGGGAAUUUCUAUUUCGUAGAACGUUUCGAAAUGGAGAUGAAUUCGCAGGCAUUAUUUUAUGGGCUCCAUUGUUGCAUGUUUCUUAG